AUGCCGCUCGGUUCGCGAGUUCGUUCUCUUUGUGUUGUUGCCGCGCUGUGCAUAGCUUCGAGUGUGUAUCUAGCAGCUGCAUGGCUCCCACCUAUUGUCACUAAGGGCAAUAAGCUCUUCGACUCGGACUCGGGGAUCGAAUUUCGGCUGAAAGGAAUGGCCUACUACCCCCGACCCAACAGUGGUGACAUGGCCUAUGUCAGCAACUACGACUGGGCUGCCGACGACCAUGAAGCAGUGUGGAAACCUCACUUGAAAGUUAUGAAGGAUCUAGGCGUGAACACGAUUCGACUGUACUCUGUAGACCCAAGUGUACCUCACGAUAAGUUCAUGUGUGCAUGUUCAGAUGCUGGUAUCUACGUGCUUGUUGGAGUUUCAGCCCCAUGUGAGAACUGCUCCAUAAUGGACUACGAACCGCCUAAAUGCUACCCCGACGUCUUGUUCAGUCGAGGUCAAAUGGUCUACAACGCCUUCGCAGUCUAUGACAACACGCUCGGAUUCAGUGUUGGCAACGAAAACAAUCUCCAAGUCAAACAUGGACGCGAUGGAACCACAACGGCCCCGUGUGUUAAGGCGUUUCUAAGAGAUAUGAGGAGUUACGCUGCUAGCUGCACUGGGUCAGUGCGUCAGGUUCCUAUUGGCCUUGAUAUCGCCGACAUUCCUCCUCGUGAGCAAUGGAUCUCGUACUACGACUGUCCGGUUGACGACGACGAGAACACUCGAGCAGAGUGGAUGGGAUUCAAUCCGUACGUGGAAUGUGAUCCAGCCACUCACAAGGUAUACCAGCAGUCUACAGGACUAACAAAACUUAUGGCCGAGUACGCUCAAGUGGGAUACGCUCGACCGCUGAUGUUUGGCGAAUUCGGAUGCAUCAAGGGGAGGAACACGAUUGACGGCUUCGACAACCAACGAUCGUUCUACGAUGUGAGUUUGCGGUAG